AUGUCCCAUGAACCAGAGAAUUCUCCAGGAGUUGCUGAGGUGGCUUUUGUGGAAAAAGAGCCAGCCGAACGCCAUACAAUCAUUUCAUGGGAGCAGAAAAACUCCUGCAUACUGCCAGAGGAUUUAAAGAACUUCUAUCUGAUGACCGAUGGCUUCCAGAUGACCUGGAGUGUGAAGACUGAUGAUACCCCGAUGCCCCUGGGCUCCAUGGUGAUUAAUAGUGUCUCAAAGCUAUGUCGGCUUGGAGGUUCCUCUAUGUACACUCUGCCUAAUGCACCAACUCUUGCUGACCUGGAAGAUGACACGGAUGAGGAAGGUAAUGGAGACAAACCAGAGAGGCCACACUUUGAUUCUCGUAGUCUUAUCUUUGAAUUAGACCCAUGCAAUGGCAAUGGCAAAGUUUGUCUUGUUUAUAAGCACGCUAAACCUGUUGUCUCCCAAGACACAGAGAUAUGGUUCCUGGACAGAGCUCUGUAUUGGCAUUUCCUCACCAAAACCUUCACAGCCUACUACCGCCUGCUCAUUACCCACCUGGGUCUCCCACAGUGGCAGUACGCCUUCACCAGCUAUGGGGUCAGCCCCCAAGCCAAGCAAUGGUUUAACAUGUAUAAACCCAUAACCAUCAACACAGCUCUCCUCUCUGAAGAAGCUGAUUCCUUUGUGAACAAGCUGGACCCCAAUAAGGUAUUUAAAAGCAAGAACAAAACACCGGUGAUCAAAAAGAAACCACCCUCCCAGCCAGCAGGCUCCCAAAAGAGUCACACAAGCAUGACCUCCUCCAAGACAUCCUCACUAGCUGGGAAUUCUUCAAGGAAGUGAGACCCCCAGAUCUGACACUGGACAGCAUUUGCAAUAAGCUUUGAUAUUCUCUGAUGCAGAGUCUCAGCAGUUCAGACCAAGUUCCUUGUGCAUGAAUAGAGGUGCCCAU